AUGGAUCAUUCUCAUAACCAAUUGACUGGUUCUAUACCAAAGGGACUUGGGGAUUUACCUGGAUUGGAUGCUUUGGAUUUGUCUCAUAAUCAGUUAUCAGUAGAUAUUUCAAAAAGUAUAGAAUAUCUAAGGCCUAGAAUUUCUGCUGAAUUUUUGAAGCUAACAUUUGAAGAGAAUUGCUUUGAUGAGUCCAAUCUUUGUUCUACAUCCAACAACAACUUAUCCAUCCCUGGCCUACCAAGCUGCUCCUCUGGUGAUGAUGAGAAAGCAUUGGUGGAAGAAAGAGUGCAUAUCGAUGCAGUUAAUAUGGAUAUUUUCUUUGAUCCAAAAACCUUGGUGGAAAACAAAGAAGCAAAAUGUCAAAGAUGGGUUGAAGUUCAUUUCAUUUCACAAGUUGAAGGAAAUGGAGCAUCAGGGAAGGUCUAUCGAGCUGUGAUCGAAGUUAGAAUACUUGGUAGUAUUCGACACAACAACAUUGUCAGGCUCGUGCAUUGCAUCUCUAGUGUAGACAGAAACCUUCUAGUCGAUGAAUACUUUGAGAAACAAAGCCUGGACAAAUGGCUCCACAGAAAGAGAAGAGCAGCCUCACCAGGUCAAAGUAGUACCCCACCCUUGGAUUGGGAAAAAAGAUUAAAAAUAGCCAUUGGUGCAGCUCAAGGACUCUGCUAUAUGCGCCAUGAUUGCACUCGACCCAUCAUUCAUAGAGACAUUAAGUCCAGCUAUAUACUUCUGGACUCAGAAUUCAAUGCAAAAAUAGCAAAAAUGUUAGCCAAGCGGGAUAAUGAUCCUGAGACAGCUUCUGCUAUUGCUGGAACAUUUGGUUACAUAGCCCCAGAGUAUGCCUCAACAUUCAAAGUUAAUGUAACGGCUGAUAUCUAUAGCUUCGGAGUGGUGCUUUUAGAAUUGAUAACCGGGAGAGAACCCAUUCUUAGGGACGAACAAAUGAACCUAGCACAAUGGUCUCAACAUCAUUUCAGAGAGGGGAAUUCCAUUCUUAAGGCGCUUGAUGAAGAAAUCAUGGAAACAAGUAACUUGGAACAAAUGAUAGGUGUUUUUAAAGUAGGACUGAUGCAUCACCAUCUGGUAGGCAUCAAUGAAGGAGGCAGUUCUUCCCAAAACGUUAUUCCGACAAAUCUUCCGGUUAACUCUCCGAUGACUGAAGGGCCAUCUCCGGCAAUGGGCGGUGCAGAACUGGUGGAGAUCGAUGAAGCUCCAUCGAUUGACGAGAUAAUAUCUCUGCCCGGAGCUGAAAAGUUGCUGCCGACUCCGUUGGCUGGGAUUCGUGAGUGGAUCGAGGCCGUGCUCUCCCAUACGGGAGGGCACGCUGCUCAAGGCCCCUCAGUUGGCCUUUCAUCGGCCGGGUGCAAUCGCUUGACUUACUGCGGCGCCGGUGUCGCGCCCAAUACCAAGGGCGGCAUCAGUUGA